CAAACAUGGCGGGGCCGCAGCCAGACUUCCAGAGCAGCCCGCCGUCUCCCCGCGACCCAGGCCGGUCUCCGGGGCCCCUUCCCUCCACCUGCCUUCCCCCGCGCAGAAGGCGGCCCCGCGCGGAACAGCACCUGGAGCGUGACAGCGGCCCUGCUUCCCGCCCCCACUCGAGGGCACGCCCACCGCCUCGCGCCAGCCAAUCGCAGGACGCGCUGCGGCGGCAGGCAGCGCCGGCCGGCCCCGCCCCCAGCCUCGCUGCGGCCUGCGGCUCCGGGCCGGUAGCGCAGCUCGGGUCGCGCUGACUGGCUGUGAGGAACCUCGGGUCGCGGGCGCUCGCCGCCGGCCGCCGCUCAGCCCAGCCCCGCCGAGGCCGCGGGCCCCGAGCCUCCGCCAUGGACUUCGAGGACGAUUACACACAUUCCGCUUGCAGAAAUACUUAUCAGAGCUUUAAUGGAAUGGAUCGUGAUUAUGGCCCUGGAUCUUAUGGAGGGAUGGAUCGUGACUAUGGCCAUGGAUCCUAUGGGGGUCAAAGAUCCAUGGACUCCUACCUAAACCAGUCAUAUGGCAUGGACAAUCACAGUGGUGGUGGUGGGGGUAGCAGGUUUGGACCUUAUGAGUCUUACGACUCCAGGUCUUCUCUGGGUGGGCGAGAUCUGUACAGAUCUGGCUAUGGUUUUAAUGAGCCCGAACAAAGCCGCUUCGGAGGUAGUUAUGGUGGUCGCUUUGAGAGCUCCUACCGGAAUAGCCUUGACUCUUUCGGAGGUAGAAACCAGGGCGGGUCUAGCUGGGAAGCACCUUACUCCCGUUCAAAAUUGAGGCCUGGGUUUAUGGAGGACAGAGGAAGAGAGAGUUACUCUUCCUGCAGCGGUUUUUCUUCACCCCACAUGAAGCCUGCACCUGUAGGCUCUCGGGGGAGAGGAACGCCUGCUUAUCCUGAGAGUACGUUUGGAAGCAGAAACUAUGAUGCUUUUGGAGGACCAUCAACAGGCAGAGGCCGAGGCCGAGGACAUAUGAGUGAUUUUGGAAGCAUUCAUAGACCUGGAAUUGUUGUUGACUAUCAAAACAAACCCACCAAUGUGACAGUUGCUGCUGCAAGAGGAAUAAAGAGAAAAAUGAUGCAACCAUUUAAUAAGCCUAGUGGGACCUUUGUUAAGAAACCCAAGCUGGCAAAGCCUGUGGAGAAGACGAGCCUCAGCAAGUCACCCACAAAAACUGACCCGAAAAAUGAAGAAGAAGAAAAACGACGAAUUGAGGCUCGGCGGGAGAAACAAAGGCGCAGGAGAGAGAAGAACAGUGAGAAGUACGGGGAUGGAUACAGGAUGGCAUUUACAUGUUCAUUUUGUAAAUUUCGAACAUUUGAGGAAAAAGAUAUUGAACUGCAUCUGGAAAGUUCUUCACACCAGGAAACACUAGAUCAUAUUCAGAAACAAACCAAAUUUGAUAAAGUAGUUAUGGAGUUUUUGCAUGAAUGUAUGGUUAAUAAGUUUAAGAAAACAUCUAUUCGUAAGCAACAGACAAAUAAUCAAACAGAAGUAGUCAAAAUAAUUGAAAAAGAUGUCAUGGAAGGGGUCGCUGCAGACGACCACAUGAUGAAAGUGGAGACGGUCCACUGCAGCGCGUGCAGUGUGUACAUCCCUGCUUUGCACAGCUCCGUUCAGCAGCACUUAAAGUCUCCCGAUCACAUCAAAGGGAAGCAGGCUUAUAAGGAACAAAUAAAAAGAGAAAGUGUCUUGACUGCUACAAGCAUUUUAAAUAAUCCAAUAGUGAAGGCACGAUAUGAACGUUUUGUUAAGGGUGAGAAUCCUUUUGAAAUUCAAGAUCAUUCUCAAGAUCAACAAAUAGAAGGAGAUGAGGAGGAGGAAGAAAAGAUUGAUGAGCCUGUUGAAGAAGAGGAGGAGGAAGAGGAGGAGGAAGAGGAGGAAGUGGGGGAAGGGGAGGAAGUGGAGGAGGUGGAGGAAGUGGGGGAAGGUGGAGGAGUAGAAGGAGUAGGGGACACAGAGGAAGGAGGGGACACAGAGGGAGUGGGGGAGGAGGGGGCUCUGGGGGGAGGAGAGGGAGGAGAGGGGGUCGGGGAAGGGGAAGACGCAGAGGAAGAAGAAGCCAAGGAGGAGCCUGUUGGCUUCCCUGUUGACCAACCUGAAGAAAAUUAAAUGUAAGGUGUUAGUCAGAUUUAAAAGAAGCUUUAAAUUUCUGUCCCAAUGUGGAAAAUGGUAAGAAUUUUAAUAGUUUAAAAUAUGAGAGUUAACACCAUGUUGCAUGCAUUCCACACAUUACAAUUUGUUUUAUAUAAUUUCUAAACGUUUGACAUUUGUUUAAUAAAAUGAAGGUAAGACUAUUUUAGUUUUUAUAGCUACCAAACUUAGAUUCGAUAAAUUGUUUGUAUAAUUUUUAAGCUUAAUUUUUAUUACUUUAUUGGUGUUAAGGAUAACAGAUGUGUAUUGUUAGUAUAUCUAUUCUAAUCAUUUGAACUUAAAUGCUGCUCUUGGGAGUGUAUAUUCAAGUGUGCAUUAAUGUUUUGAAUACUUACCCUAGAAGAGAUAAAUUGGGCAAGUAUUUUGUGCUCUGUGUAUUUUUUUACGGCAUUGGACAUUGAAUAGUAAUUUGCGUUAAGAUACGCUUAAAGGCUUUUUGUGACCAUGUUUCCCUUUGUAGCAAUAAAACGUUUUUUACAAAAACUCUCCCUGGAUUAGCAAUUUUAAAUGAAACAGAAUUCAUUAAUUAAAUGAGUAUAUAAAAUCAGGAUUUGCCUUAAUGUAUGAGUUCAGCUCUCAAGUGUUUUAAGAUAAUUGAGAAGAUGUGAAUUAAAGAAAAAAAUUACUUCAAUCACUUUUUUUAAGUAUAAUUAAAAUAUUUUUUAACAUAUUUCAAUUAGAGGUCAGUCUAUAACUGACCUGUUUAUACUUGUUUUAAUUCAUUUCUUUUCUCUGUGCCUGUGUCAGAUCUUGAAAUCUUCUUGGAAAUAUAUUUGAAUACAAAUAAUUUUUCAUAGUUGUGUUAGUUCUUCUGUCAUGCCUGUUUUUUGGCUGAAGAGUCAAGAAGCAAAGUAUCACUUUUUUAGAAAGAAUCAUUUCUCCCUUGAAUAUUUCUUUCCUUUUUGUAGCUCGUAUGCUUACAUACUCAACAAGAGAAGACGAGAUUGAUAGGUGAUCUAUUUCCAAGUGACCAUCUACGUCACUGAAAAAAGCCGUGCUCUUAUUUGAAUCCUUACUCUGGUCUCUUUUGAGAGGAGGACCCUUCCAGUGAACUUAGCUUCUCAAAAUUCUGAGGCAUUGAAUGGACGAACAUAUGGGUAUGUUAAGUAAUUCUGAAGCAUUCAGUGGAUGGAUGGAUGGGCAUUUGUGGAGUUUCAUAGAUGAUGUAUCUUUUUGCAUAUAAUAGAGUUUUUGAAAAACAGUUUUUGAGGUCAAUUUGGGUUUAUUGUCAUGGGCUAGAUUUGCAUAUCUGUAAGCUGGGAAAAUCCCAUAGGCAUUCAUAUCCGUUUGUAAGGAACUGGAGCCAAAUAAGAGGUUAGUUGAAGACUGGAGAAAUCUGGAUCCUACUGGGAGUCUGGAUUUACUUGCACAGGCCUCAGGGAGCCUGUGCUCAGGAGUGCAGGGCUUGAUGAACCUUCUUGUUUCUCCUUUAUUUUAAAAUAUUUGUGGAAGGGCUAAGGUAAAAACGAGGUAAAAGCCUUUUAACCCUUUGGAUUAAAAUUAUAGGCAGCCCUGUGUACCCGAGGGUUCUGCAUCCUUGGAUUCACCGACUAUGGAUUGAAAAUAUUUAGGGGGAGAAAAGUUCCAAGAAAUUCUAAAAAGCAAAACAUGAAUUUGCCAGAAACUGACAACAGUUUAAAUAGCAUUUAUAUUUUACAUUGCACUUACAUUGUAUUAGGUAUUAUAAGUAAUCUAGAGAUGAUUCAAAGUAUAAGAGAGGAUGUUUUUAAGUUAUAUGCAAAUACUUAACCAUUUUAUGUAAGGGACUUCAGCGUCCGUGGAUUUUGGUAUCUGCGAGGGUCCUAGAACCAAUCCCCCGUGGGUACUGGGGAAUGAAUCUCGCAUUAGUAGAGUACUUACUUAAAAAAAAAAAAAAAAAAAAAAAGACUGCCCUGAGUAAUUUGAUUGAUAUGUAGAACUUUUGGAAAGAAUUCUGUAUAACAGGAAUCUGUAUAACAACCUCUAAGUAAACAUUUGAAUGUGAGAGAUAACAAAGAACAUCUUAGUACUGAGUUUUGUGAAACAUGUUAAGACUUUUAUUCAGAUUAGCUUAUUUGCAAGAUAUUAAUAAAGUGUAUUUUGUUAUUGUGCUUAAUUCAGGAAUUUAAACUUUUGUAUAUCUUACUGGAUAAUUUGUAGGCAGUUUACUUUGCUGGCAGGUUAAUUUCUGUGAUCCUUCAGUGUUUAUAUUUUCAGUGUUUUUGUGAUAAGGAUUUAUGUAGUAUCUUUAAUAACCUUUCAACUUCUGUUACCCAGGCAUUAUUUGUUUUCUUUAUUAAAAGGCUAAACGUGUCAGCUUUCUUUUGCAGACUCUUCAUCCUUCAAGGUACCUUGAACAUUAGAAGAAGCUUUUCUGAGGAAACAUAAGGAUAGUAGUUCUUACAUUUUUGUAGAAGUGAGAGUUUGGGGCCACCUGUACUACAGGUGUACUAGAUCAUAUUCUUUGGAGAUGAUGUGUUUUUAAAAAAUAUCCCAGGUGAUUCUCAUAGUAGCGGUCAGUGAUUGCGUUUUGAGAAUAUUUAUGGUCGCUUCAAACAAAUUGUAGUACCUACAGCUCCUGUCUGUUAAUAAACGAGUACAAGUUUGGGA